AUGAUAUUCAACACUUUGCUCAAUGAAAAGCUUGAAAAGUACAACUUAAUCCUCGGAUCAACAUCACCAAGGCGGCAACAAAUACUUUUGCAAAACUUUGGGGUCGCCAAUUUCACCAUCUCGGCUUCCAAUUUCCCAGAAGAUUUAGAUAAAUCCCAAAUAACUCCAUUGGAAUAUGUUCAGUUAACCAGUCGUAAAAAAGCAGAGGCGAUAUACCAAGCCCACAGCGACACUUUUCAAAGUGAAACUCUAAUUCUUACUUGUGAUACAAUAGUCACUUGCAAUGGCAAGAUAUUUGAAAAACCAAUGACACAGUCCAAACAAGCAAAAUUUUUUGAAUACUUUGACACUCAUAAAGAUAUUGAAGUGAUUUCGGCGAUAACCGUGCUCAAAUUGAACAAUGGUAUUGUGUCUGAGUAUCAAGACCACGCUGUAACCAAGCUAUCAUUCAAGGCAGACAACAAAGACAUUAUUCGAGCUUAUAUAGAAAGUGGUGAAGGGUUGGAAGUUGCCGGUGGGUUUAAAUACCAACAAUUGGGCUGCUUAUUGUUUGACAAGAUAUCCGGGGACUACUACAAUGUUGUUGGGUUGCCUACGAACACGUAUUCUCUAUUGCUAGAAGCUGUUGGUUGA